UACAAAGUCGCUGGAAUGCUUUUGUAUUUUGUGUACAGUCGAGUUAAAAAAAACUGUUACUGAAACUACUGUUUCAGGAAUACUUCCCUUGGUCAUUAUAUUCUCCGGGUAUUAAUGCUCUCUUCAUUUUGCAAGAACACCACCACGUGCAACUCAAAGACAAACCAAGCGUUUCAGCUGGAAGAAAGAAGUCGUUACGUCUCGAACGAUUCCUCUGUUAUCGAUGAUAAAAAGACGGGUUUCCUACCGCAAGCAAAUUCUGGAACUUUAACUUCAGACAACCCUUUGUACUUCGCUGUGGAAGACCUAAAAGAAAUUCAAGAACCUGUUGGCAAUGCUCAAAAUCAGUCGGAACCAAUGUACAACGAAAUAGAUGAAAAUAGUGCAAUAGACUCAGACAGGGCUUCGUGGUAUGGGUCCGUGCCCGUUGGAGAUCCAUUUUACAACACUUUGGAGGGACCCCAUCAAUGCGGUGCUUCUCCUCCUACAAAUGACCAUGUUUACAAUGUCCUUGAAAGGUCCAGCCAAAGUUUUACAGAGGGAGGGGAUGUUUAUUCUCAGUUGACCGCUAAAGACCCUGUGUAUAAUGUUUUAGAGGGUCCAGAUCCAUGUAACGAUAAUGAAGGCCCACUGUAUUCUAACAGCACAGAGGCUCGAUACUCUAACAGUCCUACAAACGCCCCAAUAUAUGCGGUGGCCAAUGAGAAAGGAUAAAAAGCCCUCGAACAACAAUUCGGAUGGAAGGCAGCCACAGGUCCAAAGAUGAGUAGUGCUACAAAUUAUGAAUGAGGACAAAGAUUCGUACAAAAUUAAAAUUCCUCGUAUAACAGACGAUUGCGACUGCGUGUUUUUCUUCCACACCCUCAAUUUUAGAUCUCUUGCUACAAGAAUUGUUUGUUUGAAGAAAAAACGAAAUAGGUGUUUAUUGGUGG